AGUACAGUUGAGUCUUCAACAAAAGAAAGUGAAAUACCACUAAAUAAUUUCAAUUUUGUUUCAAUAAAAGAAAUAAAUUUGAUGGAUGCAAAUAAAAUAGUGGACACUUUUGGAAUUAUAAGAUCGAUACAUGAAAUUGUUGAAAAUACCACGAAAGCAGGAACUAAAUUUACAAAACGAAGUGUUACAAUCGAGGAUAAAAACAAAGAUACAAUUGAUUUAGUCUUCUGGGGACAAAGAGCAGUGAAUUUCGAAGUAGCUGUAAAUACCAUCAUAACAGUUAAAGGGGCUAAAAUAAACGAAUAUCAGAAUGUCCAAUAUUUAUCAGUUUUAUCAGACACUGUAACUAUUUUCAAUGACACGAACAAUGCAGAAAUAUUAAGGUAUACGUCCAUAUUAAUCUAUAGACAUUAA